AUGGAGGCGCCUUCGUCAUCCCCUACUCUGCAAGAUCAUCUCUCCCGGCCAACUGGCCCCUUGCAUCUCAAAGUAUGGGAGGUUGUAUGCAUUGCCUUGGGAGUGUUCAUGGCGGUCAUCUUCUUUUUAACUGUCUGGCUCACUAUGCGGAGUAGGAAGAGGACCAGACGAGCAUCUGCAAAUAUCCCAGUCACCCAAAUCCCUGCCAUAUCCAAGGAAAUCAAGGAAGUGAGGGUGGAGCAAGUCCCUGCAACUGACUUUGGGGCGCAUGACGGAGUCCUGCUAACGAUCCAAGACAAGCCUGGUGACCGGGAAUCAGACAAGGUCAUGGUCCAUUUGGGUGUAAGCAAAUCGAGACGUGGGGAUGAGAGCCACUCAGGGUCAUUCCGUUACAUGGACAAGGAUGCAGGCUUUCAAUCAGCUGAAGAAGGAGGGUCGGGAACUUUUCGUCAAGCUUCAACUCAUGGAAUAACCGCCCCUUCACCUUUGGUUGGCUUGCCAGAGUUCUCCUACCUUGGCUGGGGUCAUUGGUUUACUUUGAGGGAUUUGGAACUUGCCACUAACCGUUUUUCCAAGGAUAACAUUAUUGGUGAGGGUGGAUAUGGUGUAGUUUAUCGUGGUGAGAUCGUCAAUGGCACUCCUGUUGCUGUCAAAAAGCUUCUCAAUAACCUAGGGCAAGCUGAGAAGGAAUUCAGAGUAGAAGUUGAGGCUAUUGGUCAUGUUCGCCACAAGAACUUAGUCCGUCUUCUUGGUUACUGUGUGGAGGGUACUCAGAGGAUACUUGUCUAUGAAUAUGUGAACAAUGGAAACCUAGAGCAAUGGCUUCAUGGAGCUAUGAGUCACCGGGGCUCCCUUACAUGGGAGGCCCGCAUAAAGAUUCUUCUAGGGACAGCUAAAGCGCUUGCUUACUUGCAUGAGGCAAUUGAACCGAAAGUCGUGCACCGUGAUAUCAAAUCCAGCAAUAUUUUGAUUGAUGAUGAUUUUGACGCUAAAGUAUCAGAUUUUGGUUUAGCCAAGCUUCUUGGUGCCGGCAAGAGUCAUGUAACUACUCGGGUUAUGGGAACCUUUGGCUAUGUGGCACCAGAAUAUGCGAACACUGGACUGUUGAAUGAGAAAAGUGACAUUUACAGCUUUGGAGUUGUUAUUCUAGAGGCAAUUACAGGGAGGGAUCCUGUUGACUAUGGUCGCCCGGCAAAUGAGGUAUUUGUAAAUCUGGUUGACUGGUUAAAAAUGAUGGUUGCUAGCAGGCGUUCAGAGGAGGUGGUGGAUCCCACCAUAGAGACACGGCCUUCGACAAGGGUUCUCAAGCGUGCACUUCUAACAGCUUUGAGGUGCGUGGAUCCGGAUUCAGAAAAGAGACCGAAGAUGGGUCAAGUUGUGCGGAUGCUGGAGUCAGAUGACCCAAUUCCUCGUGUGGACAGGAGAUCGAGGCAUAACCGCGGGGGGAGCACCGAAAUGGACUCCCAACGGGAGAACUCCGACACGGACAAGAGUGACAACCCAGAUUCCAAACCGAGCAGGAGCAGAGCAUCAUCUUCCAAAUGA